AUGAGUGGUCGAGAGGUCCUUGUUAAACGAAUAUUAGCAAUGGUGAUCAGCUAUGACAAAGGAUUUGACGAAUCAUUAUCCAAUCAGACAACGUCAACAACAUCUGGAUUACUCGAAGACAAGAUCCAGACAUGCAGUACUUACCAGUCUCCAAGUAGAAUACGGCGAUCCAAUGGCACCAUGGUUUUCCAACUUGGACGUAUUGGUCAGCUAUUACAACGUUUACGUCCACUUACAUGA